ACAAGCAGAGCAGCAGACAGCGAGUUAGCAGACGGCUACAAGUUUUCUUGUCUACAAGAAAAUAGAAACAGAUUAGAUUUCACUUUUUAUUUAUGUCAAUAGCAACAACGAAAAUGGCCAGCGCCACCAGAACUUGGGCAAUGGUUAAUAAACAUAUCCCUAUGAUUAAAUUUCGGAAAACAUCUGCUGGAGGUAUGCACGGAUCAACUGUGCAAGCUGUUGACAAUGUCCAAGCUGUGACAUUGGCCAAGACUGCCAGUAACAAACCUGCUGCUUCAAUCAUUAUUGAAGAUUGGCAGCUAUCUGGAAAGUAUAAGAGAAGGCCAAUUUCUCAGGAGGAAAUAGACUUCAUCAAUAGAGGAGGUCCCCAGUGAUUUAUUUACAAGGCAUUAGUUUCUAUUGUUGUAUUUUAGAGUAUUGAAUAAACUUUGUGCUAAUUCUUCUUUGCCAGAUUCUGCAAAUACAAUCCUAAACCCUU